AUGUCGUCCCAAAACCCCAUCCACAACACCGCCGAGACCCUCGGUCAGAAGAAGGACACCAAUCCCGCGAAGCCUAGUGUAAUCUCUUCCGAGGGCGCCAUUGGCAAGCAGUUCAACCCCGAUGGCAACGUUGGUCAGAUUGGCGAGGCCGUUGGUGGACCCUUCUCGAAGGAUGGUGCGAUCGGAAGCCAAUUCGAUGCCAGCAAGGGUGGCAUUGCUGGCACCGUAGAAAAGGCGGUUGACGGACCCAGGAACCCAGCGAAGAAAUAG